AUGGCUCCUGCUAAAGGAAAAGUUUCUUUCGUUACUGGUAACAACGGUAUUACUGGCAAUGCAAUUAUCGAGCACCCCAUCCGCAAACCAGAGCCUGAAUGGUCCAAGAUCAUCAUCACUUCACGACGAGUUCCCAAGCAAAGCGUAUGGCAAGACCACCGCGUCAAGUUCAUUGCCCUCGACUUUUUGAACCUUGUGGAGGAGUUGAUUAAGCACAUGGCACCUCUAUGCCACGACGUCACUCACGCGUUUUUCACAUCUUACGUUCACACGGCAAACUUUGCCAAGCUGCGCGAUAGCAACAUUCCUUCGUUCCACAACUUUCUUGUAGCCAUAGAUAUUGUUGCCGCAAGCACACUGCAGCGGGUCUGUCUCCAAACCGGCGGAAAGUGUUAUGGUCCACACCUUGGACCUACCGAAGCCCCUCUUCACGAAGAAAUGGGCCGUUACGAGGACAAAGGCGAGAACUCCUACUACCCACAAGAAGAUUUUCUCUCCACUCUGGCACCUAAACGCUCUUGGAACUGGAAUGUUAUCCGCCCGAAUGCCAUCAUCGGUUACACGCCUGCGGGAAAUGGCAUGUCCAUGACGCUCACACUGGCGAUCUACAUGUUGGUCUGCCGCAAGAUGGGAGUACCUCCCAUGUUCCCAGGCAACAAGUUCUUUUUCAAUCAAUGCGUUGAUGAUUCCCCAUACGCUCCCAGCAUCGCUGAUCUGAGCGUCUGGGCUGUCACCGACGAGCACACUGAGAACGAGGCAUUCAACCACCAGAACGGCGAUGUCUUUGUCUGGAAACAGCUCUGGGGCAAGCUGGGACGACAUUUUGGUAUUGAAGUCCCUGAGUUCACCGAGUGGACAGCCGAAGGGGACCAACAGCGCAUGGCGAACAAUUUCCUCAUGACUGAGUGGCACAAGGACAAGAAGCAAGUUUGGUAG